CUCGUGAUGCAACCUCUCUUUCACACGCUCAUUUAUUCAAACAACGGAAUUAUCUCUGGCGUCGUCGUCCGAACGGCUUGUUCUGUUUAUUUUCGCUUUUAUACGUGAUUUCUGUGUAACUACAUAGUACUUGCACAUGUACAGUGCAUUAUAAUGAACGAAACGCGAAAAAGAACACACUAUCCAAACGAUCCUGCCCACACAUCGCUCGCAAAGCGGCAUCGGGCAGAUGAUGGCAACAACAAUUCCACAGCGGCUGAAGCCAGCAUGGCUGCCGGAACAUCAAUGGAACAACCGGAGAUGUUACGCAACGGAAAGGUGCUAAAGAUAGUGCUCAAGAAUUUCAUGUGCCAUCGACAUUUGGCGGUGGAGUUUAACAAACGCGCCAAUCUGUUAGUCGGUAAGAACGGCAGCGGAAAGAGUGCCAUUCUGGCGGCAUUAACAAUCGGGCUCGGUUGCAACGCGGGACAAACGAACCGGUGCAACAGUUUGAAGGAUUUGAUUAAGCACGGUGAAUCACAGGCCGUGAUCGAGAUUCAUCUCGAAAACACAUGCUUCGACGCGUACGAAAAGGAACGCUUCGGUAGGCGCAUCAUUUGUGAGCGCACAAUACAAGCGUCCGGAGGUGGCUCGUACAAGCUAAAGAACGAAAACGGACACGUUGUGACGACGAGCCGUGCUGAGCUGCUGAAAGUGUUGCUAGCGUUCAACAUCCAGGUGGACAAUCCUAUCUGCGUACUGAAUCAAGAUUUGGCUCGGUCGCUGCUGAAAGAUUCGGACGAAAGCAAACAGUACACGUUCUUUUCGAAGGCGACCCAGAUCGAUAGCAUUAAGCAGAAGCUGAACGAAUGUGCCACGAUUGCGAAACAAGCCCGCAACGUGCUGUUGGUGAAGGAGAAAAGCCUCCAGUAUCUGACCAGCGAGAUUGAGGUGCUAGAGGAAAAGCAGCAAAAUCUCGAGUCAGCUGGAAGGUUGGCAGAAUUGUUGCAGGAAUUGCAGGCACACCUAGCCUGGCGCAACGUGCUCGAUCAGGAGAAGCAGUUGGCGGCUGUGGAUGAUGAGCUGAAGAAGUUACGGUCGUCGAUCGAGGAGCAGGAACAUCGCAUUCGUAACCGUGAAUCGUUGGUGGCCGAUACGGAGCGUAUGGUCGAGUCGCACCGGAUCGAUAUCGAGGGUAAGAAGACGGAGUACGUUGCGCUGAAGGAAGCGUACACAGCCAUUCGGGCGACAUUACGCGAUGCACUGACGAAACAGGCCGCUGUGGAACGUAUCGUAAGAAAUAACACGGAACGGAUCGGUCGACUACAGAGCGACAUAAACCAAAUCGAGCAGGACUUGCAGCAACGGGAAUUUGGAGGUCUCACCCAGGUGGAGGCAAAGAAGAAACAGGUGGAGUGUGAAAAGGCGCAGCUGAACGAGCGCAACGCGGAAUUAACGUCGAUGAUCAAUAACGCGCAGCGAGAGGUGGACAUGAUGCACGACACGGUGGUAAACAUGAAGGAGGUACGGGAAGAGAAGCACCACGAACGGUUGGCAAAGCAGAACGAAUCAUCCCGAAUCGACAAGCAGCUUGAGCAGUUCGAAACGGCCCCACGCAGCAAGCUGGCGGUGUACGGUGUCAACAUGCCUGCCCUGGACGCUCGUAUCCGGCAGCUGCACCAGCAGGGCAAAUUUUCCGAGCUGCCGCGUGGCCCACUCGGCCAGUACAUCGAGGUGCGGGACAAAAAGUGGAGCAGUAUCGUAGAGACCGCACUCGGCAGCUGUCUGCCGGCGUUCUUUGUGUCCACGCAGGAAGACUGGCGUACGUUGGAUGGGUUGCUGAAGCGCGAAUUUCCCGACCUACAGAAGCGGACUAUAUUUACCGGACGGUUCGUGAAGGAGCUGUACGAUGUGCGCAAGGGAUGCGUACGGGAGCAGGACGGAACGCAUCUGCUGAUGAACCUGAUCAAGGUAAAUGAUCCGGUCGUGAUGAAUCGAUUGAUCGAUAGCGCCUCGAUCGAUACCAUACUCGUGUCGGAACAUCAGAGCACGGCGAUACAGUUGACGAGCGAGAUCGAGAAUGUGCCGCGCCAUUUGAGCAAGGUGAUCGUAGCCGAACCGUGCUCGGAGUUUUUCCCCCAGCCCAAAUAUCGAUCGUACGGGUUGCAGCAGAAACCGCCCCGCUAUCUGCAGGUCAGCAUGGACGAGCUGAAGCGCCAGACGCAGAAGCGCAAGGAACAGUUGCAUCGUGAGCUGAUCGAACUGAACGGCGCGUUUGAAAAGGAAAACGAACGGUUACAGGAGAUGUUGGUUAAGCUGCAGAAGCAGCAGCAGCGCAAAGAUAAACUACAGCGCGAGCUGCUAGCAAACGAGCAGCAGCUGCAGCAGCUUGAGACCAUUGUUUUCGAGGGUGAAACGGAAGAGGCAACACUAAAAGCGGAGCUGGAACAUUCGCGCUCGAUGAUCACCAAAUUGGAGCAUGAUAUUAAGGCCGAACAAACGUCGCUGGACAAGCUGCGCCAAACUGUCCAGCAGCAGGAAGCGGAAGCGCAGAGCAAAAAAAGCGAAAUGGCUGCAGUAGAAGCGGAAAUUGCACGCAUCCAGUGCCGUGUCGAUGAGGAGCAAAAGAAGCGGCACGAUCUGCAGACGAACCACAAGGUAAAGCGGCAGGCACUGGAACGUGCCGAGCAGUACAUGCGUGAACGAAAGCAAACGCGUGUGGCGCUUAACACAUCGGUUGAACAAGCGCGCGAGGAAGCACUGGCCAAGAGCAAGCGACCCGAAAACGAAGAAACGAUCGGUUCUGUCGAGCAGCUGAAAAAGAAAAUUCAUACCACCGAUAAACGUAUCAGACAGGUGAAUUCUACCCAGGACAAGCUGGAGGACGUACUGGAGGAGCUCGAGAGUAAGAUACGGGAACGUGACGAAGUUGUUCGAUACUCGACCGCACUCCGGAACAUAACGUCACUGAUGAACGAGAUACGCAAAUCGCGCUACAACUACUUGUGCCAUCUGACAUCGCACAUGUCGCUUCGUGUAAAGCAUAAGUUUAUGAGAAUAAUGCAGAUUCGGAACUACGUUGGUACGAUCCGGUUCGAUCAAGAGCAGUGUACGCUCGCACUUUCGGUGGUGCCACGGGACAGCAACAUUCAGAAUGCGGUAUCGACCACCAAAUCGUUGUCCGGUGGUGAGCGUUCGUACGCCACCGUAGCGUUUCUGAUUUCGCUCUGGUCGUGCGUGGACACACCGUUCUUUUUCUUGGACGAGUAUGACGUGUUUACCGAUCAGGUGAACCGACAUACGAUCACACGUUUGCUGUUGAACGAGGCGAGCAAAAAACCGGACCGUCAGUUCUGCUUCCUUACGCCCCAGGAUAUGAGCGAGGUAAAGGGUACGGAACAUCUAACAAUUCAUCGAAUGGAAGAUCCGCAACGUUGCUGAACGAUAAUGUUAUGGAGGAGAAAAAUGAUCGAUCGACAUAAAAGUAUGACAUAAGUCCUGAAAAUGUGUGUUAAGUUUUUAACAUUCUCAAGCAUUUACUGUCAGUUCUUUUCAUGACCUUUAGUUUACGGAUGAAGAAUAGGUAGAACAAAUGUGCCUUUCGAAUGUAGAAUGUGUAUGUGGUUUUCUCGGAUUUGUUGCGAAGUUUAUUUACAUUGAAGGCAAGAUGUGGCAUUUUGACAUUUUUCAAACAAUUUUUUAAAAUUAGGAACAGUAUUGAAGAAAAAGGAGUAGUAAAUUAGUAGCGUACUUGUGUCGCGACUUGUGAAAGCAUAGAAGAAAGAAGAAUACUGGAAAAAAUACUCUACCGUUCGACCAUUUGUUAUAAGGACAAUUUGACCAUCCGCUAGUCGUUAAUCAAAACGCAUUAUGAGUCUUGUUAAUACUUUGUCACCUGUUCUGUUGUUGUCGUGCGAAGAAGUCAAAUAUUACUGA